AUGGUUGGCUACUUUCGCAAUUUUAUCAAGGACUUUGCCAAGAUAGCUGGACCUUUAUACGAGCUGUUACAGAAGGAUGUUCCAUUCAAGAUGACCGAUGAAAGAAUAGCAUCAUUUCAAGAAUUACAGAAGGCGUUAACUGAAUGUCCUGGCCUGGCGAAUCCUCACCAUUCGUGGCCAUAUGUCCUGGACACUGAUGCCUCUACUACUGCAAUUGGUGCCUGUCUAAUGCAACUCGAUGAACAAAGUACUUUACAUCCAGUUCGUUUUGGAUCCCGCCGACUAACUCCUGCUGAAAGAAAUUGGCCAAUCUACGAACUUGAAGGUUUCGCGGUAGUGCAUUUUAUACUUGCCUUCAGACCUUACUUAAUUGGAAGAACUUUCACCGUGAGAUCAGACCACAAGCCACUUCAAUGGUUAUGGAAGAUCGAUAAACCACGCCUGGCUAGAUGGUCAAUGGCUCUGCAACAAUUCGACUUCAAGAUCGUGUACAAUCCUGGUACAGCUCAAGAACAAGUUGAUAUAUUUACCAGAGAUGUCGACUUUACCGCUGCUGAUGAAUUUGUUGACAAACACCUUGACGAAGUCGAAGGUCGAUACGGGUGUCAUACCAAAUCUGAAGGCAGACAGCAAUUUUCCAUCGAUUGA